UAUCUUUCAAAGAGAAACUUUUCUAUGGGAGUUCAAAUUAGUCAGAUCUCACCAUGAAUAUCAAUCAAUGAGUAAAAAAACAAACAAAAUAGCUACUCUCACAUGUGCAGUUAGAAAUGCACAUGUCCUAUGACCUAUAUAUAUAGUCCACUAGUCCAGCCUCACAUAAAUUCAUCUAAAACACAAUUGGCCUGAGGAGACAGAGUAGUGAGUAGUGAGUAGUGAGUAAUAUUUCUUAUCAAUUUUAUCUGAAAGCUCCAUUCUAACUAAAGAAGAAGCUAACAUGCUGAGAAUAGCUUCAAGGGGCUGCAGCAUCAUCACUUCCAAAUCCUUGCAGCUGCUUCAAACGAUCACUAAGGAGUUCUCUACUCACAUUGAGAGGAAAUUAGAAGGCAAAGUAGCACUAAUCACAGGGGCAGCAAGUGGCGUUGGCAAAGAAACUGCUGCAAAAUUUAUCAAUAACGGGGCCAAAGUGGUGAUAGCAGAUGUACAAAAGGAGCUUGGCCAAGAAACGGCCUCUGAACUCGGACCAAACGCAUCCUUUGUGUUCUGCGAUGUCACGAAAGAAUCAGACGUCUCCAACGCGGUGGAUUUUGCAGUCUCUAGUCAUGGACAACUCGAUGUUAUGUACAAUAAUGCAGGUGUUGCUUGUCGUACUCCACGGAAUAUAGCUGACCUUGACCUUGAUACAUUCGACCGGAUCAUGGCUAUCAAUGUGCGAGGGGCGAUAGCAGGAAUUAAGCACGCGGCUCGAGUGAUGAUCCCACGGAAAACCGGUUCCAUAUUAUGCACAGCUAGUGUCACAGGGUUGAUGGGAGGUCUAGCGCAGCCCACAUAUUCAACAACCAAAGCCUGUGUGAUCGGAAUCAUGAGAUCAGUAACAGCAGAGCUAUGCCAAAAUGGAAUCAGAAUCAAUUGCAUAUCACCCUUUGCAAUUCCAACCCCCUUCUAUAUCGAUGAAAUGAAAGCGUACUACCCGGGUGUAGAACCUCAAGUUCUUGUUAAAAUGUUGCAUCGCACGAGUGAGUUGAAAGGAGCAUACUGUGAGCCUAUUGAUGUGGCUAAUGCUGCUGUGUUCUUGGCUAGUGAUGAUGCUAAGUAUGUUAGUGGUCAUAACUUGGUGAUAGAUGGAGGUUUCACCACCUAUAAAAGUUUAAACUUCCCCACGUCUGAUCAAGAAUAGCAUUCCUUCCUUUUCAAUGUAAGUGUCAUGGUUUGAUUGGACACCAAAUUUAAGAAAUAAAAUGUGACAUUUGAAUUUUGUGAUUUUAAAUUAAAAAUGUUUGUAAUUUUUUUAUGAUCUUAAA